CAUGAAUAAUGAUUAUUAUCAUAAAACAGAAAAGGACCCUUGUUUUUUAGCAACUAAAAUCUUGCAAGUACUUAUUAGUGCUCCCCUUCUUUAUCGAAAAGAACUGCCUUGCUUUUUUGCUUUCCAUCGCGCUUUAGCUGUUUACAGUCUUUUAGAUAAAUGUAUUACUACUUUUUCUGUACUAAUUGUAGAGUUGUAUUAAGAAUGUCAAUGAGAAAUGAACUGUGCACCUGUUUGUUUUCGUAGGUAAUCACACUGUUUGCUUUGUUUCCAUUCUUAAUCCCUUUCUUUCUUUCUUUCUUUCUUUCUUCUCCACUCACUUUGUUGCUUUAAGAUUUUUAAUUUGUUGGGUGGAUGGAUGGAUGGAUUGGUAGUAAUGACUGGACCCGGCCGAUGCAUUCCUUAGAAUGACACCGAGGUCUGGUGUUAAUCUAGCAUUCAUUCUGUUGGUCCACAAAUUAGUCUUCAAUCAGAGGCAGGUCAGGCAGCUACUACUCUAACAUGUGGCUCCCAUUCUGGUGUAUAUUUACUCCAUGAGUUGUUUGAUGGUACUUAGGUGAAACAUCUGUGCCUUCCCUUUAAUUGCAUUUGAGGCAUUACCAGAGAGUCGGUGCAACAGACCAAAAAUCGUCCUUUUGACCUUAAACCAGAAGAUUAUCUAUGAAGCUCUUCUUCCUAUUGACAUUGGUGUCGCUCUUCUUGCUCAUUUUUCCACCUCCAAAUCAUGCUGACCUGGAAAAUGAUAAGCAAGCUUUGCUUCAGUUUGCUUCACUUAUCCCUCAUGGUCGGAAAGUGAACUGGAAUUCUACUACAUCGUUAUGCAGUACUUGGGUGGGCAUUACCUGCAGCUCAGAUAACAAUAGUGUAAUUGCUGUCAGGUUACCUGGGGUUGGACUUAAAGGUCUUAUCCCUAUUAACACCCUUGGGAAGUUAGAUCACCUCACUAUCCUCAGCCUCCGGUCAAACCUCCUUUCCGGGAGUCUUCCAUCUGAUCUGCUGUCCCUUCCUUCCCUCCAGUAUGUAUACCUCCAGAAAAAUAACAUAUCUGGCAAAAUACCUUCUUCAUUAUCCCCUCAACUCAUCACAUUAGAUCUAGCUUUCAAUUCCUUAGAGGGGGAAAUUCCAUCAUCAGUUCAAAACCUGACACACUUAGAUAAAUUUUACCUUCAGAAUAACGCCCUUACUGGAUCCAUCCCCAAACUAAAUACUCAAAAUCUUAAGUACCUGAACUUGAGUAACAAUCACCUAAAUGGCUCAAUCCCAUUGAAGCUUAGUGGCUUUCCCACUUCGUCGUUUCAGGGUAACACAGGCUUGUGCGGGCCUCCACUCAACCAGUGUGCUGGAGUUUCACCUGCUCCUGCUCCUGCACCGGCUUCUGCUUCAGUCUAUGUGGGUCCUAAACCUCCUGCUUCUCAUGAGAAAGAACACUCAAAAAGGAGACUAAGCAAAAGGGCCAUCAUUGCCAUUGCAGUAGGAGGAGGUGUGGCACUUUUACUUCUUCUGCUGAUGGCUGUGUGGUGUUGUUUAAGGAAAAAGAAUAGUGAAGGAAGUGGUGUUCUUAAAGGCAAGGCUUUUGGUGCUGGAAGGACUGAAAAGCCCAAAGAAGAUUUUGGGAGUGGAGUCCAGGAGGCUGAGAAAAACAAACUAGUAUUCUUUGAAGGUUGUUCCUUCAAUUUUGAUCUUGAAGAUCUACUAAGGGCCUCUGCUGAAGUGCUGGGAAAAGGAAGUUAUGGGACAACAUACAAAGCCAUCUUGGAGGACGGAACGAUAGUUGUCGUCAAGCGAUUGAAGGAGGUUGUAGUCGGCAAAAGAGAGUUUGAGCAGCAGAUGGAGACAGUUGGGAGGGUUGGCCAACACCCUAAUGUCAUUCCCCUACGAGCUUAUUACUACUCUAAGGAUGAAAAACUUCUUGUUUAUGACUAUGUAUCAGCUGGCAGCCUGUUGGCACGUUUCCAUGGUAGUAAGGAUGGUGAAAAACCACCACUAGACUGGGAAUCCAGGAUAAAAAUUUUACUGGGAGCUGCCAAGGGAAUAGCCCACAUUCAUUCAGCUGGUGGUGGGAGAUUCACACACGGGAACAUCAAGUCCUCCAAUGUGUUUCUUUCCGAGGACCAUAACGGUUGCAUCUCAGAUUUUGGUCUGGCUCCUCUCAUGAGCUUCCCUGCUGUCCCCCCAAGAACUGCAGGCUACAAAGCACCAGAAACAGUAGAGACGAGGAAAACAUCCCAAAAAUCUGAUGUUUACAGUUUUGGUGUUCUCCUUCUUGAGUUGCUUACAGGGAAGACUCCGGUACAAUCACCUGGACGGGACGACGUGGUUGAUCUCCCGAGGUGGGUUCAGUCAGUGGUUCGGGAGGAAUGGACUGCAGAAGUAUUCGAUGCAGAGCUAAUGAGGAAUCAGAAUAUUGAAGAAGAGUUGGUUCAAAUGCUUCAAAUUGCCAUGGCUUGUGUUUCAAAGGUGCCCGAUCUAAGACCUGACAUGGGAGAAGUAGUGAGGAUGAUUGAGGAGUCCAGGCAGUCAGAUUCUUCAAGCAGACCAUCACCUGAGGCUGAGGGAUCAAAAUCUAAGGCCUCGGAGACACAUACACCUUAAAGUUAUAAAGAGCGUUCAUUUGAUUCCAUAUUUCAGUGAAAAAGGAGGCUACUAACAAAGGAAUGUACAUAGCUCAAAAUCUUGCAACAUCCUGCUAAUGAGCUCCCAGCUAUUCAGUGAUUCUUUUAGGGUUAUAAAUUAGAAACUCAAAAUGUGUCAUUCUUUUCUUGUCAGAUUUUUAUUUGUUCAUCAGUAUAGGAGUUGUGUUGUAGCUAUAUUUGAUUCAAA